AUGAUAAUAUCUCCGACCGUAUCUUAUCUGAAAAAUUCUGGCGGAAGUUCGCGUCGGACAGAUCAUAAAUAUGACGGCAUCUGGACUUGGCCAAAAAUCAUGUCGACCUAUCCUCCAAGAAAAGAGUUACCACCGCUGGGCGCACUGUGUCUUGAUUACACUGAUGAUAUCCACCGGCCCCCAGGUGAUCCGCUGAACGAGCUGUCUUACCAGUUUCCAGUGAUCCACGAAAUGGUGAAGGACGCUACUGUCUGGAACGUUGUCAAAAAAGACGAGUAUUCCGACGAGACGCUACAGAACUACAUUGACGCCUGCAACCGCCUUCAGCAAAGAGGAGCUGUGGGAGUGAUUACCUCGUGCGGUUUCUUGGCUCAGGUGCAAAACCGUCUUGCUGCGGCGGUGGAAAUUCCGGUUGCAACCAGCAGUCUUAUCCAGGUGCCGUUCGUGUCCAUGGUGAUUGGACCAUCCAAACUCAUUGGGGUUCUGACUUUUGAUGCAGAGGUUCUGGGGAAAGCUCAUUUUAAAGGUCUGGGAAUCAGCGAGGAGCUUCAGUCCAGAAUAGUCGUCAAGGGAUGUCCUGUUGGAGGUGUUUUACGCGGGAUGAUCAUAGAGGGAGACCCGUACGUUCACGACGAUCUGGAGAAUGAGAUGGUUGGCAUUGCAAAAGAGCUUGUUGGAGAGAAUCCGUCAAUUGGGGCGAUUGUUCUUGAGUGCACUCAGAUGCCACCAUUUGCCCGCGCAGUACAGAAAGCGACAGGGUUGCCGGUUUACGAUGCAAUCACCAUGAUCGACUGGUUUUACUCUGGCUUGGUGAGCAGAAUAAUCCCGGAAGAUGGAAGAAAGCAAGACGGACUACGUAGAAGACGCAGAAGCGCUAAGGAACUUAAGUAA